AUGAGUUUUGAGAAGCUUCGUCGUACUGGUGAAUUAUCGGAUAUUACGGUGAUUGUAGAUAAAACAGAAUUUAAACUGCAUACAUUUCCAUUAAUUGCAAAAAGUGAUUAUUUUAAAAGAGCUAUAGAAUCAUCAACAAAAUCUGCUCCAUAUGUUAUUCGACUAGACAAUAAUUUUCCAGGUGGCGCUCAAGUUUUUAAUCAUUUAGCGGAUUAUUUUUAUUCAAUACCCAUAACUAUUGAUCAUAAAAAUAUUAUUCCUCUUCGUUCAGCAGCAUGUUUUAUUGAAUGUGAUGCAUUAGGUACAUUACUUGAUGAACGUUUUGAUAGAAUUCUUUUAGUUGCACGAGCUAAAUAUGAUUUGGGUAUACCAUUAAUAUUACUUGAACAAUGUGUUGGUGAAUAUCAACAAUGGGCUCAACAAACACAUAUUGUCGAUAAAUGUCUCGAAUCUAUUAUUGAAUCAUUAACUCGUGGUGCUGGUUUACAAUUAAAUAAAUCUGAUAGUGAAAUAAUUAUUCGUUUACCACUUGAAUGGAUUAUUGAAUUAAUUAAAUUAUGUCCAACAGAAAAUAAAUUUGCUAUUCUUCCUUUUGCUAAACAUUAUGUUACAGUACAUGUACUUGAUCAAAAUCAAUUUUAUACUUCUACUUCAUCAUCUAUACAUAAUGGAUAUGAACAUAAAAAUGCUUUUAUACCUAUUACAAAAAAAGAAGAUAUACCAAAAACAACUGAUGAUGAAAAACGAGCAAUACUUGAUCAAUUUGUUAAAGCAUUGGGAAGUACACUUGAACAAUUACCACUUGUAUGGCUUAAUGCUGCUUAUGAGAGAGCAGUUGAAUUACAAUGUGAAUGUGAAUCGUUAUUAUCAUCUUAUAUAACACAAGCUAUUCUUAAUUCAAAUGAUCUUGAUAAAAAUAUGGAAAAUAUUCCGGAUGAUAUUAUGACAAGAUUAUUAGAACGUGUUAGCAAAUAUAAAGAACAACAUAUUAAAGAUCCACAACUAUUAUCAAAAUUAUCUUCAUUAAUUGAUUCAUAUGUUGAACAACUUCGUCAACGAGGUGCACUUACAAGUGAACAAUUCGUUAAAUUAGCUUCAUGUAUACCAAAAGAACAACGAAAUUCACAUGAUAGUCUUUUACUUGCACUUGAUGAUAUUCUUAAAAAUGAAAACUCAACAAAGUUGAGUAAUAAUGAACGAGAAGAACUACUCAAUCAAAUUGAUUUUUCACGUGUUAAUGAAGAAACAAUUGCUGCAUGCAGAAGCAAUAAACUUAUUCCACAACAAUUAAUUACGGAAGCUGCUUUGGCUCUUUGUGCUAAAUUAAGAAAUCAACUAGAUGAAACUCGAGCUCGUUUACGUUUAGCUGAAAAUGAAUUAACAAAAUCUCGACCGACAUAUACAAGUUCGAGUAUGAUUUAUAACUUGUUAAUAAUAUCAUCUACUGUUGUAUGUUAUUUAGGUUAUCGAACACGUUAUUAUGAUUCAUCAUUGGGUAUUCCAACUCGUUCUCGUUCUAAAUAUAUAAAUAAUUAUGAUUUACCAAUAAGCAGUUCCACUUAUAGUUACUCAAAAUAUGACAGUGAUAGUGAUUUUGAUACUAUUUUACCAUCGAGAUAUCUUUCAGCAUCUUUAAGUAGUCGAUAUGGUACUUAUUCUACUUAUCGUCAUUAA